AUGACUCAGCUGUCCUAUCAUUUGCCUCCAGUGCUGCAGAUCACCAAGACAUCACCUGAGCUUUACUUAGAGCCAGGCUUUGAUUUGUUGCCACACAUAUGUCGACCAGAUGAAGGAUCUGAUGUGCAGCUGCUAGAAAUGAAGUUAGAAGGCACAUCCAACUGCCAGAGCACUCUGGGCCUGACUUGGCUACAGAGAGCUGCUUCCUCUGAGCUGCCUUGUGAAGAACGUGCCUGCUUCUCCUUUUGCCGUGAUUGUAAGUUUAAAAUUGACACGGCCUCCCCAGCCAUGGUGAACUCAAUGAGUGAGAGUUCCUGUUGUUCCACAUCCUUGCCAGCAUUUGGUGUCAUCAGUACUUUGGAUUUUAGCCAUUCUUACAGAAUCGAAGCUGUAAAACUACAAAUCAUUCUUCAAAUGGAGCCCCAGAUGCAGUCCAUGACUAAGAUCUACCACGGACCCCUGGACUGGCCUGCUAGCCCAUGCUCCGAUGUUAAUGACAUCGAAGGCAUCCCUCCUGAGGAAAUCUCAACUGCACGACUCCUACUACGCCGCAAUUCAGCAGGAAGCAGCCAUUUUGGAGGCAAAAUAGAGAAAACACUUGGGAAUGCUCCUUCAACAAACUGUUGGAAUAAUCUGGAAAACUGUUAAUUUUGACUUGGGCCAAGAACAAACAAGACUCUGAAGCAGGUUCCUGCUGUGUUCCAAGCAACCCUGAAGCUUGGGUCCAACAAUAUCAACUCCGUCUCACCAUGGCUGAUCUACCUGCUGUUGCUGCUAGAUAUCUAAACUUUCAGCAACAAAGAUCACUACCGAGUACUUGAUAUGGUACUAUUCCUUCUUUUUCCCCUCGGCCUUAUAGAGGUAUAACUGACACAUAAAAAUUUUAUGUAUCUAAGGUGUGCAUGUGGAGAUUUGAUGUAUAUACACACUGUGUAAUGAUGAUCACAAUCAAGCUAAUUAAUACACCUAUCAUCUCAUGUAGUUACCUUUUUGUGGUAGAAAAACGCUUAAGUAGAUCUUAGCAAUCUUGAAAGCAAAUCUCAAGUAUAAAAUACAGUAUCAAUUAUAGUCACCAUGCUGUAUAUCAGAUCCCUAGAACUUACUUUUCUUAAUGGUAUUCUUCCUUCAGGUGACCAACUAGUCACUUGGUGGCCUAUUGUUUAUAUCAGUUCCAUUCAACUCUGGAAAAAAAAACAUUUUAUCUUGAAUGGGAUUGACACAUAUUCCAGAUACGUUUUUACUUUUCCUGCCUGUAGUGCCUCAGCUAUCUCCAUUGUGUGCAAGCUCAUAAAGUGUACGACCUACUGACCUGGGAUGGCACCUAACAUUGUCUUUGAACCACGGGACUGUCUUCAUAGCAACUGAGGUAUGGCAUUGGGCAUGUGGUUGUGGAUCAUGCACCAUCUGGAAACUGCCAUCAUGAAACAGUAGUGAAAUUGCCUCUUGAAGGUGCAGCUACAGUGCUGGCUGGGAGAUGACACCCUGCAAAAGAUAGGGUACUAUCCUCAGGUUACAGAAUAGACCUUCAAGCAUCUGCCACUGUAUAUGGUGCUGUAUUCCCAGUAUAUAGAAUACAUGGAACUGGGAAUGAAGUGAAAGUUGGAAUGGUUCCGCCAUCACUCCCAGUGACCUAUUUGGGGAAUUAUUUCUAAAGAUCCUGAUUCCCAGAGGGGUGAUGCUUCCUCCAAGCAACACAGUAAAAUAAUCCCAAAUUGUUUUCCAAAGUGACUGUACAGGUCAGGUGCAGUGGCUAUGUCUGUAAUCCCAGCACUUUGGGAGGCCGAGGCGGGCAGAUUGCUUGAGUCUAGGAAUUCGAGACCAGCCUGGCCAACAUGGUGAAACCCCGUCCCUAUUAAAAAUACAAAAAUUAGCCAGGCGUGGUGGCAUGCUCCUGUAGUCCCAGCUACUUGGGAGGCUGAGAUGGGAGAAUCGCUUGAACCUGAGAGGCAGAGGUUAAAGUGAGCUGAGAUUGUGCCACUGCACUCCAGCCUGGGUGACAGAGUGAGACCCUGUCUCAAAAAACAAAACAAAACAACAAAAAGAAACUGACUGUACAAGUUACAGUACAUUCCCACCAAAAAUUAGAACUCUUCAUCAACACUUGAUAUUAUGAAACUUUAAAAAGUUUGCUAAUACAGUAGGUACUCAGUGGCAUCUUAUUAUUUUAAUUAGCAUUUCUCUGUUUAUUAAUUAUGUGAAGAACACUUUUCCAUGUUUAGUAGCCAUUUGGAUUUUCUCUAUUGUGAAAUGCAUAAUCAAGUCAUUUGCCUAGUUUUAAUUGGGGUUUCUGCCUUUUUUCUUACCAAAUUUCUUACCAAAUUACCAAAAGAGGUCUUUAUGUGAUUGGAAACAAGUUUCGUUGUUGAUAGUUGGUUAUGGAAGUUUCAAAUAUCUCCUGCCAGUCUAUGGCUUGUAUUUUUAUUCUUUUAAUGGCAUUUUUUUGUGGAACAGAAGUGUUUUGUUUUCAUGUAAUUUAUUGUACUAAUCUAUACUUUUAUGGUUAGUGUUUUGUGUCUCAUUUAAGAAAUCCUUCACCACUCUCCCAGGUCACAAAGAUAUUCUUCGGUAUUAAUCAUUGGAUAACUUAACAAUUUGUAACAUAUUAGAUCUCAUAUUUACCUGGAAUUGACUUUUGUGUGAAUUAGGAGUUCAAUUUCAUCUUUUUCCAGCAUGGUACAAAAUUGUCCUAGCGCCACUUAUUGGAAAGACUUUUUUCUCCCGCUGCCCUGCAGUGCACCUUUGUUGUACAUCAAACAUUCAUUUAUGUGUGGACCAUUUUAUUUUCUUGUUGCUGGAAUAUAGAAGUACCAUUGCUUUCUAAUAUUGACUUUGUAUCUAGCAAACUCCCUUAAAUAUUUUAAACUGCAUUAAGGGGCUUAAUAUAUUUGAUUUAGCAUUUCAAAUGCCUGAACAAGCAAGCCCGUGGUCUUGUUUUUAAAACCUUCCACAGCACUUCAAAGGCUCUCGUCAAUCUCAAUUUAAGUAAUAAAUUUGAUAAAUCCAUUUCUCUUAAAUAUUAUGCCACUUACACAUUUGCUCACAUUCUUACUUUUUAAAGUUUGAAAUUAUGUCAAUUACAUGGUUUAAAUAAAUGGAAUCACAAGACAUCUGUAA